AUGCUCGCAGCAAUCGUACUCCUCGGAUUUCUGCCUCUAAUCGUGAAUGCGCAGGAAAAAUGUAAAGCAUUGGAGAUGAAUGAUAAAGUGCGUGAAUUCAUCACAGACCAGCACAAUCAGUUGAGAUCGAAAUUUGCUUUGGGCAACGGUUAUGAAUCUAAACCUGCAAAGAAUAUGUAUCAAUUGAAGUAUGACUGCCAGCUCGAAAAUGAAGCCCAGAAACUAGCAUUAACAUGUGAUUUGCUCCAAUCAUUGAAUGGUGUCAACUAUUUCCUUACUGCUGGUCCCGAUGCUGACAACACAGAACCUGAACAUAUCUUUAAAAACUUGUUGAAUUCAUGGAUCAGCUACAUUGAGGACAACGAAUACACCUUCUCCUUAACCACUUAUCAGGGAAAUCCAAAUUUCCCUCAGAUGGUUUGGGGCUCAACCACUCGAUUGGGAUGUGCCCUUAACACAAACUGUACCUACUAUGAGAUGCACGCAGACAGCGUUGUUUGCCGAUACGAGCAACCGGGUAAUGUACCUGGUGAAGUCAUUUACGAAGCUGGCGACCCAUGCAAACAAGAUUCUGACUGCACCACUUAUCCGGGAUCAAAAUGCCUGGCCGAUAAGGGCUUAUGUGUGAAGCCGUAA